UGUGUACAACGCGGACUUUGACGGGGACGAGAUGAAUGUGCAUCUGCCUCAGGACGCCCUGGGGCGAGCAGAAGCGUACUCGAUAGUAGACGCUGACUUACAGUACAUACUUCCCACCAACGGCCUGCCUGCCAGAGGGCUCAUUCAGGACCACAUCAUAGCAGCAACUCUCCUCACCUCACCAGGAACGCUGCUCACGCGCACAGAGUUCCAGCACCUGCUCUUCUCCGCCUGCAUCCCACCCCCCGACACCCCCUUCCAAUCCCCCCCUGCCAAACCCGCCACUGCCGCUCCUGCUGUCGCUGGUGCUGCUGGUGCAACAGCUGCUGCUGAUGGUGCUGCUGCUGCUGCUGCUGCUGUUCCCGCCGCUGCUGCUCCUGGUACUGCGGCUGUCAGUCCACCUCCUGCUGACGCCACCACCACUGCCACCACCACCAUAACCGCCGUCCCCCCUGCUUCCGCUACCGCCACUGUCGCACCAGCAGCCGCAUCAGCAGUGGAGCAGGCAGCAGUGGGCAUGGCAGCAGCAGCAGCAGCAGCAGCAGCAGGCACAAAAGCAGCGCCCAGAAUCCGCGCUCUUUCUGAUCCCGGUGCUGCCAUCACCAUGCCGCCCCCUGCUGUGUUGAAGCCGCACCUGCUGUGGACUGGCAAGCAGGUGAUCACGGCGCUGCUGCAGCUGCUGACGGAGGGGCAGCAACCAAUGACAAUGGAGGUGGCGUGCAAGGUGUCGGCGCGCUAUUGGGGGAAGGGCCGGCAGGAGGACGCGACACUGCGGGUGCGGGGCGGCGAGGUGGUGACAGGGGUGUUUGACAAGGCGCAGUUCGCCCGCUACGGCCUCGUGCACUGCUUUCAGGAGCUCUACGGCUGCCCUGCUGCCGGCAAGCUGCUCUCCUCGCUCAGCCGCCUCCUUACCACCUUCUUGCAGAUCCGCGGGUUUACCUGCGGCGUGGGCGAUUUGCUGUUAACAGCCCCGGCAGAGGCGGAGCGAGAGGCAAUCAUAUCGCGGGCGGACAGCAUUGGGGACCCGGUGCACGCUCAAUUUGUUGGGCUCACUGGGAAGAAGGCCGAGACUGCAAACAAGGAGUGGGUGAGGGAGCACGUGGCCCUGCAGCUGCGCACGCGAAAGGAUGCCGCCACAGCAGCGCUCGACAACCGAAUGACCUCCGCCCUCAGCAAGGUCACCACCGCCGCAACCUCCGCCGCGCUGCCCGACGGGCAGCUGAAACCUUUCCCGGCCAAUUGCAUGUCGCUGAUGACGGUCACGGGCGCCAAGGGCAGCGGUGUGAAUUUCAACCAGAUUGCGGUGCUGCUGGGUCAGCAGGAGCUGGAGGGGAAGCGUGUGCCAAGAAUGGCGUCGGGGAAGACUCUGCCUUGCUUUGAGGCGUGGAGCAGCGAGGCCAGAGCGGGCGGGUUCAUCGCGGAUCGGUUUCUCACUGGGUUGCGCCCGCAGGAGUACUACUUCCACUGCAUGGCAGGCAGAGACGGCCUGGUCGACACCACAGUCAAGACCUCCCGCAGUGGGUACCUGCAGCGGUGCCUGGUGAAGAACCUGGAGGGGCUGCGAGUGCACUACGACUACAGCGUGCGGGACAGCGAUGCAUCCAUCGUGCAGUUCCGAUACGGAGAAGAUGCCAUUGACACCAGCCGGACGUCGUUCCUCACCAACUUUGAAUUCAUCAAGGAGAAUGAGCAACAGGUGGCUUCGGCCCUCCGCUUGGACGAAGCCAAAACUCUCGGCCUUGAGACAAUGCCUCCUCGCGCCACUGCAGACCCAGCAGAAACAGCAACAGAGGCAGCAGAGGUGAUGGAUGUGGAGUGCCCAGGGUCGAAACUCGGUGUCGUUUCCCCCGCCUUUGAAGCUGCUUCCGAGAAGUUUCUGCAGUCGGCGGUUCUGGGGAAGGGCGCGAAGGGAGCCGGGAAGAAGGGGAAGAAGAAGGAUGCAGAGCGGUUGAGAGAGGUGCUGGAGAUGAAGUACCUGGCGUCUACUGUGCAGCCAGGGGAGCCGGUGGGGGUGCUGGCGGCUCAGUCAGUUGGGGAGCCCUCCACACAGAUGACGCUGAACACGUUCCACUUCGCAGGGCGAGGAGAGGCGAACGUGACUCUCGGCAUUCCCCGCCUGCGUGAGAUCCUCAUGACCGCUGCUCGCAACAUCUCCACGCCUGUCAUGGACUGCCCCUUGCUGCCCGGCCGCACCCUUUUUGAGACGUCUCAAAUCCUCAUGACAGCUGCUCGCAACAUCUCCACGCCUGUCAUGGACUGCCCCUUGCUGCCCGGCUGCACCCUUCGAGCAACAUCAGCCCGUUUCCUUCCACCCCCCUCCAACCCCUUCCAACCAUCCCCCUUCCACCUCCUUCCACCCUUUUCCAUCCCCUUCCACCUCCCUCCCUCCAGUGAGGACGCCCAGCACAUAGCCAACAAGCUCCGUCGGAUCACAAUGGCCGAACUGAUCUCAGCCAUCCAUGUGUCAGAGCGCACAAAUCUGGUGCAGAUCAACGGUGGAGAUCGCAACUCAAGGCGCUACAUCAUUCGCCUGGCCUUCCACCCCACCAGCCGCUACCCUGCCGAUCUUGACCUCAAGUUUGAAGAAAUCAAGGCCGCGUUCAGUUACGAGUUUGCUCCCAGGGUCGGGAAAGCUCUGGAGAGGGCUUUGGAUCGGGCUGGAGGUGGGGGUGUGGUUGUGAUGGCUGAGGGUCGUGGGGAGAAGGAAGGGGGUGAGGGAGAAGGGGAGGAUGGGGAGGGGGAAGGGGAGGUGGAGGCGAAGAGGAAAGGAGCGAAAGAGGGAGGGAAGAAGGGAGGGAUGGUGGAUGGGGAGGCGGAGGAAGAGGAGGAAGAGGAGGAGGGAGGGGAGGAGGAUGGGAAGGAUGCUGAGAAGGAGCGGGGGCAGGGGGAUGAUGAACAGGAAUAUGAGGAGGAAGAGGAGGAGGAAGAGGAGGAAGAGGAAGAGGAAGAGGAGGAAGAGGAGGAGGAAGCGGCAGAGGGAGAGGAGGGGGUGGAGCAGGCAGAGGGGGAGGGUAAGGUCUCUGUUAAGAAAGGGCCUGGUGAUGGUGGUAAAGUAAAGGUGGAAGGGGAGGAAGAGGAGGAAGAAGAGGAGGAAGAGGAAGACGAGGAAGAAGAAGAGGAGGUGGGAGCGGGUAAAGCAGCUGCUGCAGAAUCAGCAGGGGCAGCAGCAGCAGGAGGGAAGGGGAGGAAGGAGGAGGAUAGCAAGGCGAAGAAGACAAAGAAAGGGGAGAAAGGGGCAGGGCAAGAGGGGGAGAAGAAGACGAGGAAGAGGAGGAAGGAAAAGCAGGUGGCGGUGGCGACGGUGACAGGUGGCGACACGUGGAUGCAGAUGGAGCUGUCAGUGCCGGUGACGUCACCUGCUGUUCUCGUCCAUGAGAUUGUAGACAAGGUGGCAGCAGCAGUGGUGGUGCGGGCCACGCCAGGAGUGCAGCGCUGUGCUGCCUUGGAUCCAGCCUCCCCCGGCCAGCCGCCCCGCAUCCAAGUCGAGGGACUCAACUUUCCCGGCCUCUGGAACCUCGCCGUAUCAACCAUGGGGAAGCACGAUGAUGAGGGAGUGCUCGAUCUGAAUCGGCUCUCGACGAAUCACAUUGCGGCGGUUCUGACAACGCUUGGCGUGGAGGCUGCGCGCGCGACGAUCGUGAAGGAGGUUCGGGGCGUGUUCGGGAUGUACGGGAUCGCGGUGGACCCGAGGCAUUUGGGUCUGAUUGCGGAUUUUAUGACGUAUGAUGGCGGUUACCGCGCGUGUAACCGUAACGGGAUUGACGCGAACCCGUCGCCGAUUCUGAAGAUGAGUUUUGAGACGGCGACCAAGUUUUUGAUUAAUGCGGCGUCCAAGGGGCAGACGGAUCGGAUGGAGUCUCCGUCGUCGAGGAUUGCGCUUGGGAGGGUGGUGGAUGUUGGGAGUGGGUGCUUUGACCUCAUGCACAACCUGUAA